AUGAAACGAGCAACAACUAAUGAAUGUUGUGUCUCAUCGAAAAUAAACGUCGGUGCAAAAAAGGCGAACAAUGGCCGAGAUUUCUUCCGACGAUUGGCGACUGAAGAUGAUGCGUAUAAACUGAUCACUCCUGAGAAUAUGUGUAAUUUAAUGCACUUUUUUAUCCAACAGGCGUCAUUAAACAACAAAUCGAUAACAUUUACAAAAGGAAUGUUUGUUGUAUUCGAUUCAACGAAUAAGAUCUUUGAGAAGUUUAUGGAAGCGAAAGCCCAACAAAAGUCCGGUGACGGAGCUAAACAUGCUGGAUAUCUCAAGCGUUUGAAACAUAUGGGCUCUCAAGCUAUUCAUUCUUUAAUUAAAUCUUCGAAAAAAUCACAAUUAGUCGAGUCGGACACGUUUAUUUAUGUUCGUGGUGAUGAAAGCUCCCAUUUUCAUAGUGAACGUGGUUCGAAAUGGGAUCGAACACGCGAAUAUCCAGCUUAUGGAAUGGAUAUCCCCGGUGCUUGUUUACCAAGUGGCUUUGGUCACAUACUUUUCGGUGAACUUCCAGCUAUUCAUAGUGAUGGCAAGUAUGCUGGUGAGCGCAUUUACAUUAAACCAGAGUUCUUCGGCAUUCGACAAUUGAAAGAUUUUGUUAAACAUACGCAAAACUACUUCUCUCAUGUUUCACGACGAUACGUAUGUCAAUUGAAAGAUAUGCAAACGAAACCAGGCUGUUCGAAGGAGGAAGCAUUUCGUGAAAACAUCGAUAAGAAGUUUUUGGAUCUUUGGAAGAAAGUUCUAAUGACUAUUCCGACGAUUUGGAAUGUUGAUGAUCAAUAUAUGAAAAAUGCGACGAAAUUCGGCAUCGGAGAAAUUUAUCGACAAGUAAAUGAAUUGAAAGCAAGCGGCUACGAUGCAAAAGUCAAAGAUUUUCGUGAAAAAAUGCUAAAACAAUAUGGUGAAGAUGAUAUUACUGUACGAAAAGGACGGGAGAUAAUUUUUACAACGAAGAAGUUGCUUGAAAGUCCAUUAACAUGUGAAUUAUUAAGCAAAAUUAUCAAGAUUUGUCGAUGA